AUGGGAAAUUAUAAAUCCAGGCCAACGCAGACAUGCACAGAUGAGUGGAAGAAGAAAGUGAGCGAGUCGUACGCUGUGAUAAUCGAGAGGCUGGAGGACGAUCUGCAGAUCAAGGAAAGUGAGCUGAAGGAAUUGAAACACGUGUUCAGCUCAGAUGAAGCUUUCAACAAAGUGAACUUGAGUUAUCGUACAGAAGGUGGAUUGUCUUUGCUCCAUCUUUGCUGCAUAUGUGGAGGGAACAAGAGCCACAUCCGGAGCCUCAUGCUGAAAGGACUGCGUCCUUCCCGACUGACGCGCAAUGGGUUCACCGCCCUCCACCUGGCCGCGUACAAGGACAACGCAGAGCUGGUGACUGCCCUGCUUCACGGGGGUGCUGACAUCCAGCAGGUGGGCUACGGAGCGCUGACUGCCCUGCACAUCUCCACGAUCGCGGGGCAUCACGAGGCCGUGGACAUCCUGCUGCAACAUGGGGCGUACGUCAACGUUCAGGAUGCCGUGUUCUUCACCCCCCUACAUAUAGCAGCCUACUAUGGCCACGAGCAGGUGACCCGACUGCUGCUGAAGUUCGGGGCCGAUGUGAACGCCAGCGGGGAGGUGGGAGACCGACCCCUGCACCUGGCAGCUGCAAAGGGCUUCCUCAGCAUUGUCAAACUGUUGAUGGAGGGCAGCAACAAAGCUGAUGUGAACGCUCAGGACAACGAGGACCACGUGCCCCUCCACUUCUGUGCACGCUUUGGCCACCACGAGGUGGUGCGUUUUCUCCUGCAGGGAAACUUUGAGGCGCAGCCGCAUUCGGUCAACAUUUAUGGCGACACUCCACUCCACCUGGCUUGCUACAAUGGCAAGUUUGACACGGUGAAGGAGCUCAUCCAGUUUUCGGGCACUGAGAGCCUGUCUAAAGAGAACAUAUUUAGUGAGACAGCCUUCCACAGUGCUUGCACCUAUGGAAAAAGCCUGGAAACCGUCAAGUUCCUCCUCAACCAAAAUGCCAUGAGCAUUAAUCACCAGGGCAGGGAUGGGCACACAGGACUGCAUAGUGCUUGUUUCCACGGACACAUCCGACUGGUCCAGUUCCUGCUGGACAGCGGUGCUGAUAUGAACCUGGUGGCCUGUGAUCCGAGUCGGUCCAGUGGUGAGAAGGACGAACAGACAUGUCUGAUGUGGGCCUAUGAGAAAGGUCACGAUGCCAUUGUCACCCUGUUAAAGCACUAUACGCGUCCACAGGAGGAGUCACCCUGCAAUGAGUAUUCCCAGCCUGGAGGAGAUGGCUCUUAUGUCUCUGUACCAUCCCCUCUGGGAAAGAUCAAAAGCCUGACUAAAGAAAAAGCUGACAUCCUGCUGCUCCGAGCCAGCCUCCCAUCCCACUUCCACCUGCAGCUCUCUGAGUUGGAGUUCAGCGAGAUCAUAGGCUCAGGGUCCUUUGGAAAAGUCUACAAAGGAAGGUGUCGGAACAAAAUAGUGGCAAUCAAACGGUACCGUGCCAACACAUACUGCUCCAAGUCCGAUGUUGACAUGUUCUGCCGAGAAGUGUCCAUCCUCUGCCAGCUCAACCACCCUUGUGUGAUCCAGUUUGUGGGCGCUUGCUUGGAUGAUCCCAGCCAGUUUGCUAUCGUUACCCAGUAUGUCUCAGGGGGAUCCCUCUUCUCUCUGUUGCAUGAGCAGAAAAGGAUCAUCGACCUGCAGUCCAAACUCAUUAUCGCCAUUGACGUGGCCAAAGGCAUGGAGUAUCUGCAUAACCUCACACAACCAAUCAUUCACCGGGACCUCAACAGUCACAACAUCUUGCUCUAUGAAGAUGGCCAUGCUGUAGUUGCAGACUUUGGAGAAUCUCGCUUCCUGAUGUCUGUCGAUAUGGAUAACAUGACAAAGCAACCUGGGAACUUGCGCUGGAUGGCCCCUGAGGUGUUCACUCAGUGCACACGCUACACUGUCAAAGCUGACGUAUUCAGUUAUGCCCUGUGUCUGUGGGAGCUUCUGACCGGAGAGAUCCCCUUUGCCCAUCUCAAACCAGCUGCAGCAGCAGCAGACAUGGCGUAUCACCACAUUCGGCCUCCAGUUGGCUACUCCAUCCCCAAGCCCAUCUCCUCUCUGCUAAUGCGAGGCUGGAACGUCUGCCCAGAGGAGAGACCUGAGUUCUCAGAAGUUGUUGCCAAGCUUGAAGAAUGCCUUUGCAAUGCAGAGCUGAUGUCCCCAGCAUCCAGCAACAGCAGUGGUUCCCUCUCCCCAUCGGCUUCUUCCGACUGCCUGGUUGCACGGGGAGGACCAGGCCGCAGUCAUGUGGCUGCACUGCGAUCUCGAUUUGAGUUGGAGUACGCCCUCAAUGCUCGGGCCUACGCUGUGUGGUCUCAGAGUGCUGAACGUCGUUCCUCCCAAGGCCUGUCUUUGGAUGAGUUGAGGAGGAACAUGCAGUAUCCACCCAUUGACAGAAACGGGUAUGUUUCGGAUCCCAUGAGCACAAUGCGCUUCCACUCCUGCAGCAACAAUGGCAGCUUCGAGGACAGCAACUGA